GGCCAGAGCACGGAGCAUCCCCCUCACAGGAGCGGGUGAAGGGACAGUGCAGACACCACUCUCUGCUCCUGCUCUGCUGGGGACAGGCUGGCCCUCGGUGGGUGCGCCACAAUGACGGUGAAGAAGACUCAGGCUGUGCAGGAUGGAAGUGCCAAGGAGAACGUGCUGCAGAGGGUGCUGCAGCUGCCCGUGGUGAGCUCGACGUGCGAGACGCUGCAGCGCAAGUACAGCAGCACCAAGGAGUCGCACCCGCUGAUGGCCUCGGUGUGCGAGGUGUACGAGCGGGGCGUGCAGGGCGCCGGGGCCCUGGCCAUGUGGGGCAUGGAGCCCGUGGUGCGCCGCCUGGAGCCGCAGUUCGCUGUGGCCAACAACCUGGCUUGCCGGGGUUUGGACCACCUAGAGGAGAAGAUCCCUGCUCUCCAGUACCCUGUUGACAAGCUCGCAUCUGAACUGAAGGACACCAUCUCCUGCCCCCUCCAAAGUGCCAAAAACACCAUUGGCAGCUCCAUGGAUAAGAUCAUCGAGCUGGCAGCGGAGGGCUACGAGGCUACCAAGAGCACAGUGGAAACAACAGCCAAGUACACAAGGAAGAACUCAGUGACCCAGAUGGCAGCUGCAGGGGUCGACACAGCCCUGGGAGGGCUGGAGAAGCUGAUGGAAUACCUGCUGCCAGAGGAGGAUGAAGAAGCAGAUAAGAAGCCCAAAAAGAAACGUCUGUCAACACCAAAGGUGUCCCAGCAGCAGCCCAGCAGUACCACCACUCCCUGCACUCCCAGUGCUCCCAGGGCUCCCAGUGCUCCCAAGGCUCCCAGUGCUCCCAGCGCUCCCAAGGCUCCCAGUGCUCCCAGGGCAUACAGCACUCCCAGUGCUCCCAGUGCUCCCAGCACUCCCAGUGCUCCCAGUGCUCCCAGCACCCUGGGCCGGAUUGGCGCUUUGGUCAGCACCGUGUCCCACCGCGCUUACCAGCAAACCACCCAAAGCCUGCAGCGUGCCAAAACCAAAGGGCAGGAGCUGGCCUCCUGGAUCCCCAUCCUGGGCAGCCUGGCCAAGCCGAGUGCCCCCGCGGCCCCUCAGCCCCGCAGUGAUGGGCAGGGCAGCGCGGGAUGGCUGACCCGGCGCCACAGCAAGGCACCCGAGCAGAAGCAGGAGAAGGCAGGGAAGAAAGACACCAACCACACCAAGGCGGGACAGGACCCCGGGCUCGUGGGCAGCGUGGCUCACAACCUGCAGACCGCCUGCGCCUCGGGCAUCUCCAGCGUGAAGAAGGUCCCAGCCGUGGCCUGGGAUGCGGCAGAAGGCUUGAUCCUCUUCACCCCCCGCAGGCUGUCCAGGGCCAUGGAGACUGUGGAUGCUCUCGGGGGCACCCUCGUCAGUGCCCCUAAGCAUCUGCUGGGCACCCUGUACAGCUACGUGCCGCUCCGCAGGCAGUCAGUGAAGGAAGAAGAAGCAUCCAGGGCCAGCAAAACCAACACGGAGAAGAAAGAGAAGAAGGAGGAGGAGGAGGAGACCAAGCCUGCUGCCCCCUCCACUGAGGAGAAAUCCCAGCAGAGGAGUGACUGGCGGCUGUACCGUGGCCAUCACCCCCUCUCCUUCCUGGGGCUCGAGGACCCGCUCUUCCUGCGGCACAACUACUACCGCAGCCCUGCCUUCGACCCCGAGUACCCGUUCCCGCGGAAAUCCGCCUUCUCCCCCUACAACAGGCGCGUGAGCGAGGGCUCCUACCGCUUCAGCCCCGAGUCCAUGUACAGCCGGGCCUACUACGGCAACCUCUACAGUCCUGUCUUCAAGAAGGACUGAGCUGGCGGGCGGGACAAGCACAUCCCAGCCCCUCUCAAAUCCCCUCAGCACGCUUUGCCUGGGCCCCUGCCAGCUUCCCACACACACCCCUGUUCCAGGACAGGAGCUUAAAGUGGUAGACAGGCCAUGGGAUAGCUUAUUCUGGAGUACAUGAAGGCCAGGAUGGGGGAAUAAAAGCAACCAAAAGCCCUGCUGGCAGAAGGAGAAGGUAGGGGAAGGUGGGACUAGGAAGGUGAAGGAGAUGUGGAAAGAGAGGUGAGACCAGAAGAAGGGACCACCCAGGGCUGGCACUGGGCUACCUUGGACCCUGCUCAGCAGCCAGGGUGAACUUAGAUGGGCUACACAUUGAGAGAGAGAGGGGAGGAUGGCAAAGCUGCCAAACAUCACCAUAGCAAGCCUGUUUCCCCAUCCUUCCUCCCUCCAUCCCCCCUUGCAGGGCCCAUCCCUAGGCACAGAUUGCUCCUCCAUGGAGGGGUUGAAGAUCCCCACCAACCAGCAGGAUUCAUGAGUGGGAAAGCCCUGGGCACUUCUCUCCCAGCUGGUGGUGGGAUGGAUGGUGGGGUCAGGAAAAAGAACAGGUGGAGCUCCUGGAGCCCCUCUGCCACAGGAUCACCGGGCUUCCCACAACACCUCGUUGUAUCUGCUGCAAUAAUAAACCUGCAAUAAUAAACCACCUGCCACUCA